CACUACCAUUGCACUCCUUUCACCACCACCAUCACUUCUACCUUCAACUCCAACUCCUCUGUUCAAGUCUUUCGUGAUAGCCAUCGCUGUCGAAUCCCUUUCUCAAUGACUCAACCCCCAAAACACAAGAGACUCUCAUGCAGGCGGGAAAAGAAUGCUUGCUACAGCAUCCUGAUCCUUCUUUUCCUCCUCUCCGGCUGUCUAUUCGGAAUCUCAUUCCUGCCCAACCUCAGAGGAUCCAGCACACGGGUAUACCUCUGGGUGCUUUCCAGUUCGACGUUUAUCAUCACUUCGACAGUGGUGUUGUUCCUGGUGAGCUUUUGUGCUAGCUGCCGCGGCUGUCGAGCCAGUGAUAGUGAAGAGGCGGCUGGAAACGAGAUGGUUGGUGAGAAUAAGGAUCGAUCGGCUCGUAAUUCUCUGUCCUCGUCCCACCGUUCAGGACAGACUGUAAACACCGGUUCGAGUUCGACGUACAACAAACGGCCUUCGACGGAUACAACCUUGGGAGAUAGAGACGGUCCGGCUACUCUCUUCCGGAUUGACGAAGAGAGUGUUACUUGUACUCAGACUUCUACUCUCGCACCACUGGAAGCGAUAUAUUACGCAGGGCCUGAAUACACCGGCAGGUCUCCGUACUCCGGAUCGCACCAUUGGCCAGCUUAUUCGAGGCCGUGUCCAUCUCCUCGUCUGCCAGCUACAAUAACAUGCGUAUCUCUUCCUGAAGACGAGAGCCUGUGGAAAUUCGAGCGAAACUGGACCGAAUGGAAUGGAGGGAGUGCUACCGACUCCACGGAAGCUGCUACCGAGACUGUGGUUGAAGCUACGGACACUUCUGUUUCAUUGCCGUCGACCGACACGGAGACCAAGAUGGACACUGACGCAUCUGUUCCGUCACUGCCGACCGAGACGGAGGCGAAAAUGGACAUUGUCACUUCUGUUCCAUCACCGCUGACCGAUACGGAGACGAAGAUGGACACUAACACGGAGACAAAGAUGGACAUUCAAACUUUUGUUCCGUUACCCCCGAUCGAUACGGAGAUGAAGAUUGAUAUGGACACAGACAAGGUAUUGGUCUGACUGAUUUCAGGCUUCUUGUGGUGUGCAUUCUCCAGGAUCUGAAAUGUUCUUUUACCUUUCAUUCAUCGAUACCCCACACAUUGUUAUGAAAGGAGUCUUGUUUUAUUAAAAUCAGCAGCGGCUGCUGCGAUUGUAGAGUUGAUCUCCACUGUUAUUGAUUACGAAUAUGGUUGUGCGGAGCGAGUGAGAAUGGGUG